AUGAUUCGUUCUGCAUUCGCCCCGGUAUUUACGGCGCUACCCUCGGCACGACGCCGCAAGGCGAGCCUGUGGGCGGUCAUUUGCCUCUUGGCGCUCUCGCGGCUGAUAGGCACACAGUGGAAUCAAUGCGGCCAAUACGGCUAUCAUUGCAUCAAUGGCCAGGUGAUGACGAGCAUCAGAGGUGGCGACGGCGAGAUUCUGCCGGCCUAUGAUUCGCUCGAUGGCAUCAUCACUUGCGAGCCGAAUCAAAGCUGCCUCGAGCCUGGUGCGCUUGUCUGCCCAGCGAGCGAUCAGCAGCGCACACCGGCAGAGAGGCAGCCUCUCGUGUGCGGACAGAGCGAACCAAGCUGUGAAGAGCAGCUCGUACGGAUCCUGACAGACGAAGUAACUUGGGAGCCGCCCUCUCGUGACCGUACGAGUGUGAGCAAGAUGUCGUCCAUGUUCCACAGACUCGACAUUGAGAAUGACCGCUCGUCUUCCUCAUCUGGUCAGAGCACCCCAAAUGGUCCCGACUUGCCGACGAGCGUCGCUGGGCCAUCUGCGCUCUCUCAAAAGAUGGAUAUGAUCUCUACUUCACCUAUCAAGCCGACAGCUGCAAAGCAGCUGGACUCGACCGGCGUCUAUGACAAGCGCUUCUUGCUCGCGCUCAGCAAGAGCCCGCUCAUUAAACGUCCAGAAGCGCUAAGAGACCUUAAGGAGUGGUAUGGUGACUACGAUCCGCCGCCUAUUCGCAUGUCCAUACCAGGCUCAGGGAGAGAUCACUACGGCCCUGGACAAACCGAAAAGGGCUCAUACAGUCGCUCGCCAAAUGUUCAGCAGCAUGCAACUUCACCACCUCAUCAGCGCAAUGGGCCUGGACGAUAUGAUGGCAUGCGGCAAGGCGAAAGUGCACGAGCAGGCAAUCGCGGCGCUGACGGCAGACUUGCCAAAGCGAAUCCCUUCAAUGGAUUCGGUCGCUUCGGUGAGGAUGAAGAGCCAGGCGCGAUGCGUGCAAGACGGACGCGAGACAAGGAGGCUGGCAAGCCAUCGAGCAGUGCUCCAAGCGAGCAAGACAGGAGCAACGCUGCAGGCGCUGCUCAACCCUUUGCCGCUCGCCGAGAUGGCAGAGCAGCAGAAGCAGGCUGGCGAACAGACCGUCCGGCUGCACGUACGGGCCCAUCAGAUCGCCAUGUAGGCCUGAGCGAUGAACGCAAAAUGCGCCAAGAAGCUGGACGAGAACGAGACAGAGACCGCCAUGCUCAGCGUGACGAGCGCUCCAGAGAACGUGGCUUCGGUCGACCGGCUUGGGCAGACGACACAACGCGUGAUGACGGUCAGAGUUCGUCAGCACCUGGCUGGUCUAUGGAUUCUUCCGCAGCUUGGGAUGCACCGUCAGACUCGCUCGAUGAUGGUCUGGGCGGCAAAGCAGGAGGAUCGGGUCAAUUGGACUCUAUACAAGCAUGGAAAGCAGAAAUGAAAGAGCUCGAGCGCAAAAAAGCAGGCUUGCCUCCGAGCGAGCCAGAACGACCGCUUGAGCCGCCAGCGAGCUUCAAGGUCCCGACUGCAGAAGCUGCACCGCCUGCGAAGCAAAGCAUGCUUUCGCCAGACUAUCUAGCGAGGGCGCCUCCGACUGCGACGGAAGCCGAUAGCUCUGCUCCCCCACGCUCAAGUCGAUUCGCACGCUUCUUUGGGGAUGAAAAGAAGGCAGCGCAAGCUAAAGCUAGCAGCGAUCUUUCGCCAGGACUGAGUGAAGCGCCAACAAGCCGACCUCAGCCGCCAGCGAAUUCUGCUGACCAAGAAAGCAUGCAACGCCUAAUGAGUAUGCUCAGCAUGCCUGCGCAACCACGACCGCCUCAGGAAGCAAAUAGGCAGCAGCAGCAGCAGCAGCAGCAACCUGCUCUGCCGCCAGGCUUCGAAUUCAGACAAGUUCACGAUGCGCAGCCUCAGCAGGCGCCACGAGUUCAGCUCGGAUUCGAAGGCCAGCAGCAGACCCAAGCGAAUCUGCCAAAUUUGCUAGCUCUGCUGGGCCAGCCACAGCAUCAGCACGCGGGUCAGCAGCAGCAGUUGUCUGAUCAUACGCAAGCGAGACAGCGACAACAGCACUCGCAUGCUUCAACGUCGCCGCUACCGCCUCAUCUGGCAGGCGUCAUGCCUCAUCAUGCGCCUUCGCCCCAUCAUGCCCCGUUGCCGCACCACGCUGCUUCAGCCGGACAAUCACCCAUGUUUGCUCGAGGCCCGCCCGGCUAUAACGGGAACAGCUCGAAUGUCAGUAAGGGACAGCCCUAUCUCUCGCCAGAGAACGUACUUGCCAGCUUACCGCCGCAAUUACGAGAUGAUCCGCGCAUCCUCCAAAACCCUGCCUUGGCUGCGAGACUCGCUCAGCAGCAUCAGAGCCAACAUCAGCAACAGAAUCAGCAUUACGGCAUACCCAACUUGCAGAACGUGCCCGUCAAUACGAUUUUGCAAAAUGGCCCGAUGGCGUCUGCCUCGCCACUGACUGGCAUGCCGCCUGGCAUGAAUAUCCCAGGGCUGAAUCAGAUGCCGACGCAGAUGCUGGCUGCGAUGCAACAGCAACAGAUCUAUCAGCAGCAGGAACAACAGGCCUUCAGAGAGCGACAGAAGCAGCAGAUGCAUCACCAGCAGAAACAGCAACAGGACUUUGAUGCAUUUCAGCAAACGCACCAUCGGCAGCCUUCGCAGCCGCAGCCCGCAGCGAAUCUGAAUGGCUUCGAUCUCAUGGCGUUACUGAAUGCGAGCAGAGGCACCCCUGGUGGACUGCCUCCGCCUGCGCAACAAGGCAAGAGCUUUAUGACGCUCGAGGAGCUCGAGGCGCAUUCUCGCAGAUAGGAUCUUUUUGAUAUACACCUUGGAUGCAAUGUCAUGUGUGUAGCUAGUGCGUUGCAACGAACAGACGAGGGGCCAACCUUUGUUGGAGUAGAUGUUAAUGUCACGAACGGCUUCGCAGAGCAAUGUGGAUCUCUUUGUCCUGCGACUGAGAUACAUCGAUGACGCCCUGCGAGGCGAAAGUGAGGAUGUGAUAGAACGCUUGGGCUGCGACGCGCGGCUUGGUGGAGAUGACGGGCGCAACAUCCGAAAGAAGCAAAUCGUCUUCUUUGGUCGAGAGCAGAGUCAGGUAAGUGAGAAAGUUGGCAGAAUCCUGCUUCGACGAUAUGUCUGAGCUAAUGUC